AUGGCUGCCGUGGCUCAUCAGUUUGGGAUUCUGAUUGAUGAAGACGGUGAGUGUCAGAGUGCCAGGACGAUGGCAGAUGAAAUCACCAGGAACAUCACAGACACAAUUAAAUUAAAAGAUGAACAGCUACCCUUACAAGGCGAAAUCUGGAAAGAGCUUUCCCAGUUGGAAAAGGAGAGGUGUAGGCUGAGAAAAGCAGGGGAUGCAGACAUUGAACACUACAAGAGCUCUCUGAAGAAAAAGGAGGAGGAGUUGAGAAAGAAGCAACAUAAAUGUGACAUGUCAGAUGCAAUGGCAAGCUUCAUUUUAGGAAUGUCAAAAUCAGGACCUGAGCGAUCCUAUUUCCUCAAAUGGAUGCGGAUAAAUCUGGACAAUCUGUCACGUCAGAACCUGUCGGGUUUGCGGGACCGGUACAAAGAUCUUUGCCAAUAUUCUCAGGAGAAAAAAGACGACAUUAAACAUUUGGGAUAAGCAAUUAUCUGACUGUUCCUUAGGUCUUGAACACUUCCUGCGUGAGUUGGGCCAGUUUAUAUGAAGCUGCCUGCUCCCUCCCUAAAAGUAGCCUACAAAGGAAACAGAUGGAGCAGCUCCCUGGAUUGUGUGCUCAGAUGCUGUUGGAUGGUUUCCCCAUUGAGCUUGGUGAUGGAGAUGCAUCAAAAUAUCCCUCUAAAAUGGAUAUCAGCUGUACUGACUCAGCUUCAUACUCUUGUGGACUCUAACAGCAAGAUCCGGGUUGUGACAGUUUUAGGGGUCCCAAAGGCACUGGGAAGUCCACUCUCCUCAACACCAUGUUUGGUGUCCAGUUUGCUGUCAGCAGUGGAAGAUGCACCAGAGGGGCCUUCAUGCUACUGAUAAAAGUCAACAAAGGAACUCAAGGAGGAACUGAAAUGUGA